AUGGCUUCAAGUUCACCCCUGAAUGGGGCCAAACAACCCCCAAAGGGCCAAAACUCCAUCAGAGACAGACGGAGAACCACGAACGGCACACAGGCUAAUGCAAAGGGGAAUAAUGCCAUUCCAGCAACCUUGAAAGCUCCAACCCGGAAGCGCAAAAAACAGCCCUCUCUACUCCGCCGCUGUAAACGCUUCGCAGCCAAACACACAUGGGCACUCCCACUGGCUCUCCUACUGGGCAUCCUAGGACUAUACGCCCUGGAUCCGACCGAGUCCAACCCCCUAUCCCAUUUCAUAUUCCUCUCCUACAAACAGGAACCCCUAGACACACACCCAAAUGCAGCCCCGCAAUACGGCAAGGGUCUAUGGGACAUAGCAUUCGUCUCAUUCUACGUGAUCGUGCUAUCAUUCACGCGGGAGUUCAUCAUGCAAGAACUCCUCCGCCCCCUAGCACAAGCUCACAUCAAAUCCCGCUCCAAGCAAGCCCGCUUCAUGGAGCAGAUGUACGCGGUCAUUUACUUUGGCGUCCUCGGUCCUGUGGGACUGUACGUUAUGCGCCAGACGCCGGUCUGGUACUUUAACACGCGGGGGAUGUACGAGCUAUUCCCGCAUAGAACGCACGCGGCGGAAUUCAAGACUUACUACCUGUUCGAGGCGGCGUACUGGGCGCAGCAGGCUAUUGUCAUGUUACUUGGGAUGGAGAAGCCGAGGAAGGAUUUCUAUGAGCUUGUUACGCAUCAUAUUGUGACUUUGGCGCUGAUUGCGCUCAGCUAUCGCUUUCACUUCACGUAUAUGGGUAUUGCCAUUUAUAUCACGCAUGAUAUCAGUGAUUUCUUCCUUGCUGUAUCAAAGUCCCUGCAUUAUAUAGCACCCGAUAUUAUGAUCCCCUUCUAUGCAGCCUCAAUCGGUGCCUGGAUCUAUCUGCGUCACGUACUCAACCUGCGCAUUCUCUAUUCUAUUUUGACAGAGUUCCGCACCGUCGGGCCCUACGAACUCAACUGGGAGACACAGCAAUACAAGUGCUGGAUCUCGAACAUCAUCACCUUUGGGCUGCUUGCUAUUCUCCAGACUCUGAAUUUGUUCUGGCUGUACUGUUUGCUGCGCAGUGCGUUCAAGUUCCUUCUUACAGGCGAGAAGAAGGAUGAUCGUUCUGAGCCGGAGACUGAGGUUGAGCAAGAGUCCAGUGCUGUUGAGGUAAAUAGCCUUUCUUCGAAUGGAAGUGCAUUGGCCAGGAAGACAAAUCAUGUUAGUCAGGCCAGCUAG